AUGGCGGGGCCGGGCAGCGGGCGCCGCGUUGCGGGGCUCCCCCUGCGCCGUUGGCUGCAGCCGCUGGCCGGGGCGCCGCGCCCGGAGCCGGCCCGGAGGGGUCGAGCCAGCGCGGCCGGAGCAGCCGCUGCGGCGCCGGGCGAACGGCGGCUGAAGGACCCCGAGGAGCUGCCGGGGCCGGGGCUGCUCCGCUCUCUCUACUGGAUCUUCGUGCGCGGCUACCUGCUGCACACGCACCAGCUGCAGGUGCUGUUCCGGAAGCUUUACGGCCCCAUGUGGAAAUCCACCUUUGGGAAGUACAAGAACGUGAACAUCGGGAGCCCGGAGAUCCUGGAGCAACUGCUGAGGCAGGAGGGGAAAUACCCCAUGAGGAGCGACAUGGCCCUGUGGAAGGAGCAUCGGGAUAUCAGGCAGCUGCCCUACGGCCCGUUCACCGAGGAAGGGGAACGCUGGUACCGUCUGCGCCAGGUCCUCAACCAGCGGAUGCUGAAGCCGUCGGAGGCCAUGCUGUACGCGGGGGCCAUCAACGAGGUGGUGUCGGACCUGAUGGUCCGGCUGCAGGCAGAGAGGGCGGGGAGCCCCUCGGGGGUCCUGGUGGGGGACGUGGCCAACCUGCUCUACAGAUUCGCCCUGGAAGGCAUCUCCUAUAUCCUCUUCGAGACCCGCAUCGGGUGCCUGGAGCGGGAGAUCCCCGCAGAGACGCGGCGCUUCAUCGACGCCAUCGGCCUCAUGCUGAAGAACUCCAUCUUCGCCACCGUCAUGCCCCGGUGGAGCCGGGAGCUGCUGCCCUUCUGGAACCGCUACCUGGAGAGCUGGGACACCAUCUUCGCCUUCGGCAAGAAGCUGAUUGACAGGAAGACGGAGGAGCUGGAGGGGCAUCUGGAGCGAGGCGAGCAGGUGUCGGGCUACCUGAGUUACCUGCUGGCCAGCGGCAGGCUGACGCCGGAGGAGGUGUACGGCAGCGUGGCCGAGCUGCUGCUGGCCGGUGUGGACACGACGUCCAACACCUUGUCCUGGGCCCUCUACCACCUGGCCAGGGCCCCAGAGACCCAGAUCUCCUUGUACCAGGAGGUGAACAGUGUCGUGCCCAGAGAGCGGAUCCCCGGUGCCGAGGAUCUCGCCAAGAUGCCGCUGCUCCGGGCCAUUAUCAAGGAAACGCUCAGGCUGUACCCCGUGGUCCCCACCAACGCCAGGGUCAUGGUGGAGAAGGACGUCGUCAUUGGAGGCUAUCACUUCCCGAAGAACACUCUCUUCGUCCUGGCUCACUACGCGAUGGCGCACGACCAGAGCAGCUUCCCGGAGCCCGAGCGCUUCCUGCCCCAGCGCUGGCUCCGGGGCCACAGCUCCGCCCACCACCCCUUCAGCUCCAUCCCCUUCGGCUACGGGGUCCGCGGCUGCCUGGGCCGGCGCAUCGCCGAGCUGGAGAUGCACCUGGCUCUGGCCAGGAUCACCCGGACGUUCGAGCUGCGGCCGGACCCCCAGGGCACGGAGGUGAAGUCUGUCUCCCGCAUUGUCCUGGUGCCCAACAAGCCCAUCAACCUGCAGUUCAUUGCCCGGCCGCCGGCCCCCUGA